AUGGAUAAGAUCUCUGCUGGCGAAGAAGUCGGGGGCGCUGGAGGGGCUUACUCAUAUAAUGCAUUGAAAAGAUUGGACCAGAUAUGGUCCAGUAUCUCUGAAUCUCAAGUAGAUUCCAAAGUCCCUGAAGUUGUUACUCGGGUUGAAGGGCUGUUGGCUGAUUCUGAUAUUGGUUCUGGUUCAGAGAUAUUUGAUGUAAUUGUAUGUGGUGGCAGAUUAGGUAUAUUUGUAGCUACUGCUCUCAGUUCUAAAGGCCUUCGGGUUGGAAUUAUCGAAAGAAACAUAAUCAAAAGGAGGGAACAAGAGUGGAAUAUUUCAAGAAAGGAGCUUAUGGAUAUUGUGGAGAUUGGCAUCCUUUCAGAAGCAGACCUUGAACAAAUAAUUUCAAGUGAUUUCAAUCCUAAUAGAUGUGGAUUUGAAGAUAAAGGUGAAAUUUGGGUGGAGAACAUUCUUAAUCUUGGUGUUUCGCCAGCUAAACUUGUUGAGAACAUGAAAGAACACUUUGUUUCUUCAGGAGGAGCAAUAUUUGAGGGGAAAAGUCUAUCAAGCAUUUAUGUCUAUGAUGAUCUCGCUGUACUGAAACUGAGUGAUGGUGAUUCCUUGUCUUGUCAACUUGCUGUUGAUGCUAUGGGCAAUUUUUCUCCAAUAGUACGGCAGCCAUUUCCUGAUUCCAUCUACAAGUUAGUUACGACUCUUCUGUCCUUGUGCAAGAUCCGGUCUGCUAGAAAACCAGAUGGAAUGUGCCUUGUUGUUGGUGCUUGCGCUCAUGGAUUUGAAAAAAAUACAACAAGUGAUAUUAUUUUCAGUAGCUCAUCAGUAAAAAGAGCUGGGAAUUCAGGAGUACAGCUCUUUUGGGAGGCCUUUCCUGCUGGUUCUGGUCAUAAUGACCGUACUACAUACAUGUUCACUUAUGUUGAUCCGAAAUUUGGGGGCCCAAAGCUAGAACAACUUUUGGAAGUGUUUUGGGAUCUUAUGCCUGCUUACCAGGUGAAUGGUGUUCUCGGUGUUCUACAUAUUUAA